AUGUUGCCACCACGAGCACCUUCUGUUGGCCUUCAUCCGAAUGCAAAGUGGGCUGAAAAUGGUCUCACUGUAGCUGGAGGAAAUGGCAACGGCAGUGGAAUCAAUCAACUCAAUCAUCCACAGAGUUUAGAUGUUGACGAUGAUCAAACUAUUUAUAUCGCUGAUACACAUAAUCACCGUAUUGUGCAAUGGAAAUCUGGUGCGACAAGUGGCCAAAUCGUUGCAGGUGGAAAUGGACAAGGCAAUGGAGCUAAUCAGUUAAAUGAACCUCACGAUGUGAUUAUCGACAAAACAAAAGAUAGUCUCAUCAUCUGCGAUAGAAAUAAUAGAAGAGUAGUUCGAUGGCCUCGUCAAAGGGGUACUAGUGGAGAAACUAUCCUUUCUAACAUCGAUUGUCAAGGUUUGGCAUUAGAUGAAGAUGGAUUUCUCUUUGUUGUUGACAGUGAAAACAAUCAAGUGAAACGAUAUCGAAUUGGUGAUACUGAAGGAACAGUAGUUGCAGGUGGCAAAGGAGAAGGAAGUGGUCUCGAUCAACUCAUUAAGCCCACAUACGUAUUUGUCGAUCGAGCUCAUUCAGUGUAUGUGUCUGAUUGGGGAAAUGAUCGUGUGAUGAAAUGGGAAGCAGGUGCAAAACAAGGCACUAUUGUAGCUGGUGGUCAAGGAUCUGGAGAUGGUCUUGACCAACUGUUUUUUCCUCAUCAAGUUGUUGUCGAUCAAUUGGGCGCUCUGUACGUGGGUGAUUCAAGGAAUGAUCGAAUAGUGCGUUGGCUAAAAGGAGCCACACAAGGCAGUGUUAUUGCUGGUGGAACCAGAGGACCAGGGCCGAAUCAAUUAAGUUUUCCUCGUGGCUUCUCAUUCGAUCGAAAUGGUAACCUCUAUGUUGCUGAUUUAUGGAAUCAUCGAGUGCAAAAAUUUAAUAUCGAACAGACAACACUUUAA